CCGAUGCCCUCUGUACAUACUUCGGAGAUAUGUAUGUUGUAGAUACUAUCAGAAUGACAGGGGGCUGACGGUGGCCACCGUGUACGACCAGGCGACAUGCCACCCAUUUUCAAAAAGAAAACAUCCGUUGUCAAUGCAACAUGCCGGUGCCUUCAGCAUCCGAUCUCACCCUCACCCUCACCCUCACUGCCACUGCCCCCCAUGCACUCACUCCGCCACAAUCCACCAGACACGGACAUUCCAUCUCCUAAUUCCUCCCUCCUGAGGGGGAAAAGGGGACUCAUUUUUUAUAACCCGAGCUCAGCCCUAACCGACUCAAUUGACCUCGAUCCUUCUCAGAAACCAAAACCCACACACUACUUCUUCCGGACUAAACGAUGUCAUCCAAGUCAGCCGGCUCCAAAGAUGCCCAGCAACAACAGCAGAAACCGCAUCUAAGCGCCAACUUUGCCCACCCGCAAUCCCACCAAAUCGACUACGACCAUGAGGUCUACCUCCAUCUAAUGGCAGGCGGGGAUGAGAAGAACAAAACCAAGACACCGAAUCAAGUCUAUCGACAGAAUAUCGUUCGACGACAUACGACUCGCGCGUUGGAUCCGGCCGUGGUGGAUCCCCGCGGCCAGCGGGAUCCCAGUCCCUUGGAUCUGGAAUGGGCGGAGAGCCAGAGGGCCAGAGAUCGCCUCGUGGGCGGUUGACAUCAGACUCGGUCUCGCUACUGGAGACUCCGAAUCAUGUACUAUGGGCAGAAUGGAUACAGACAUCGUAAUAUUCAUGGAACCAACAGUCUCCCCUCCGGGAAUCAGGGAAAAGAGAACUCUCGUGAGAAGAACAAGGCUAGUGCGAC